AACUGGGAACGCUGCUAUUACAUAAGUUUGUGUGUGUGGCUCUGAGCGUGUGCAUAUGAGCGUGCUGGGCUACAGUAUGCAGCGGUCUGGCGUCCAUUGCAGCUGCUCUUGAUUUCAAUGUAUGUUGUAUGUUUUUUAAUCCCCCGUUGCAGUAAGCUUGUUGCGUUUAAGCAGCUUUCUGAAUCACCACAGUUUAAGCUGCUGGGUUCCAGUCGGCAGACGUCACUGGUGAAUAUAUGGCUGCUUUCAUUGAGAUAUAUGUUCGGUAAAGGUGCGAAGCGGAAGCUGGACGAGGAUGAAGAGGGGCUGGAAGGCAAAACGCUGGAGGCGUCGGUGGCGGGAGGGGGACUAGGCCUCGGUCCCGAGGGCUUGUCCAAGGUGUCGUACACCCUUCAACGGCAGACCAUCUUCAACAUCUCCCUGAUGAAGCUGUACAGCCAGCGGCCGCUUGGCGAGCCCAGCCUGGAGCGCCGCGUCCUCAUCAACAACAUGCUGCGACGCAUCCAGGAUGAACUCAAGCAGGAAGGCUCCCUGCGGCCGCUGCUCUUCCCGCCCUCGCCGCCGCCCGACGACCCCAUGGAUGAGGGCUUCCGCGAGGCGCCGCCCUCCUUUGGCGUUUUGUCAGCGACGGCGCAAGUGUCCCAGCCGUCUGCGCUGUUGAUGCCGGCGAUCGCUCCGCCGUCUUCACCCCACCCAAUGGUGCCUCCCCACUGCCAGGCAUCCACGGCCGGCCACCACCGCGCGGAGGCCUGCCCCACCCCUCUGGAAGCCUGCCUCACUCCCGCCUCUUUACUGGAGGAGGAUGGUGGAGAUUCGGCCUUCUGCGCUCCAUCCCCGCCCACUCCUCCUCUGUCGCCUCCCCCGGCACAGCCUCCCCCGUUACCGUCGGCGCUCCUGAGCCAGGUGUCCCCCAGGGUCCCUGUGCCUGCCUCGUCCAACGACGGUUUCCCCUCCGCUCUGAGUGACAUGGAGUUGGGUCCUCCCACAGCCAUAACAAGGACAGCAGCAGCUAAUACUACGACCGUGACUACCUCCCCGGCUCCCACGCCACUCACCCAGCCCGCCCACUUAGCGCCCCUCUCCCCAACACCCACGGGCCUACCCAGAGACUGCAGGACCAUGGGUGCUAAACCAGAGGCAGCUGGCGUCUUGCUAGCGGAAAGCCGCUGCGCUGAGCUCCGACCGAUGGACGCUCUGCCCACACUGCCCCCUGGUGGCCUGGUAGACAUUUCCUCCUCUCCUUCCUCCCCUUGUUCCUCUUCCUCACCCUCGGGGUUUCUCUCAGACUUGGCACUGGACGAUGUCCUGUUCGCCGACAUCGACACGUCCAUGUAUGACUUUGACCCCUGUAUGACGGCGGGGGCCGUGGGCGUGACGGCAGGUGGCGGCCUCGCCAAACUGUCGCCGGUAACUGUGACGGCGGAUGACCUCCUCAAAUCGCUGGCGGCGCCGUACAGCGGCCCCGCCCCCCAGGUUUCAGCCAAUCAGCCUUUCAAAAUUGAUCUGACAGAACUGGACCACAUCAUGGAGGUGUUGGUUGGCUCGUGACUCACGGACGCCGCCACCUCAGAAACACACAGACCGUUUCAUCCCGAGAGCAGACUGGAAUGAUGCGUUUGGGAUCGAUUUGGGCGUUUUCCUGGUUGUUGUUUUUAUGGUUUUUUUACUCUCUUCAAAGGUCGGUAAUUGUAAACAUCGAUGGUGAUGUCAAUUAGUACUACUAUGACAACUACUACUACACAACACUGUGCAUGCACUGUGCUCGCCUUUCCAAAUAUGGAAAUGAAGUAACCGGGAAACAAAGACACACAUGAGUUUGUAUUUCUAUACUUGUGAGGACCUCCAUUGACUCUAUUCAUUCCCAAAUUCCCUAAUUUAAAUCCCAGUUUUAAUCUCUAACCCGAGCCUAAGCCUUAACCCUAAAAAGUAACUGUAAAUAGAGGAAAUUAGGACCUGCAAAUUGUCCUCAUUCUGGAGGAUUUUCGCAAUCAUUCUAUUCUUGUGAGGACGUUUACUCUUCACAGAUAUAGAAAUGUGAACCACACAUGCGCGCACACACACACACACACACACACACACACACUGAAUUCAUGGCUUUUAGCAGAUGAGUGCCUUUCAAAAUGACCACUUAUUCAAUUCCUGUUUUUACAGUAUUUCUUCUUUUUUUUUUCACUUUAACAGCCUAGAGAGGUCACUCCUCUAUGUUUGUUUUUUUUAAUUUAUUGUAUUGUAUUAAAACUAUUAUUAAGUGAGGUAAUUUCUCAUGAUCAAAUAAUAAUUAUUUAAUCUUUAUCUUAUUACAGAUGCUAUGUUUUAUUUGUAAAGCAAGCAUAAAAAGGUUUUUUACGAGGAGUACCAGUGUGCUACAUUUACAUAUUAGCUUGGCUAUAUAAUUACGCUUUGGGAACCGCUGUAAAACUCGUCGCCUGGUUGUUUGUUAAACUCUUUUGGUAGAAGUCUGUUCUUGUACACAUCAUGUCUAUGAAUUCAGUUCAGAACUUUAGUCUUUCCCUUCCUCAUCGGCAGGCUCUUAUAACUGUGCUGGAUGCUGUUUUACAUGUCAUUUGGGCUAGUUAUCAUGCAUCAGUUACAGCAGAACUCAAAUGAGCUACACCCACAGGAAAACUGGACGUGUUUACAUUGGAAGCGGCCUCCCGGUUGGAUGUAGAUGAUCCGAAAAAAUCCAACCUAAGCUGUGGCUCUCACAGAUUGCAGGGAAUUGUGGUACCAAUGUCGAAUACUCAGCAUCACACAAAGAAAACUGAAUAUUUGGGUAGAAAUGCCGUAUUUUUGGUUUGGUUUCUACAGAAUUAGCAACAUGAUUGACAGACAAAAUUACAGCACAGCGUACAGUAUUACACACAGCCCGUAUUUGCAGAGUAUGUUUACUUGUGUUUAGAAUAGGAGCCCUGUGUCAAAUCGCAGGGUUCUGCUCACUUCUUGAGGCUAACCCACCUGGAGGGUUAAAUCUGUCUCGUAAAUAAUUUGAAUGUGGAUUUUCACUGAAGUAGGAAACUAAAACCACAGUGUUAACAGGAUACUGCAAUAAUGCAUAUGUCAAAUCGCAUGGGCCGCCCAUGCACAUGCCACUAUGUGUGACUUUUGGCACAAAAAGACAAAAUGUGAUAGCUAAGUGCUGCAUCAAAGAUGAGGGUCACAUGAGGAUUCCUAAGGUCUGCAUGUUUUUUUUCCCCCAGCAGAUCACACACACGGUUUUAAAUAGAAUCACAGUCGAACCUGUUAUAGUCUAUCUAGCUGAAGUUAAAACAAAUGUUCCAUUAGUUUGGUAAAAUAAGGAAGUUGGAUGUUGUAUUUGAUAAUUUAGUGGUUGAAUUCCAUCCUCAAGUCACAGAUUUGGCUAUUAACUGUGGUGUUCCACGUGAAAGGCAUACAAAUGUAAUGUAAAUGUAUGCAAAAGCCUGAAAACACUGAUCAGUCAUCUACAUCUACCUGAUCAGUAGAGAUGUUCCGAUACCAUUUGUUUCUUUCCGAUGCCUAACUUUCCGUAUCAGAUGAGUACCAAAUACAUGUGUAUUAAAAACAUAUAUACGCGCUACUUUUAAAAAACAUAUACUAGUAAAGGUCUCUAAAGACUGGGAGAAACUCUCCACCUGCGUACCCGCAUAUAUAGCUUAAAUUAAAAUUAAAGUUACCUGAUACAUCGGGUUUGUGCCACUGCUCGGCUGUGUGAACGCUCUCCUGUUAGUUCUAUAGUUCAGGAAACUCACAAACAGCAGAGAUCAGUGUCUCAUCCAUUGUAGUUGCCAGUGGUUGUCAGUAGUCAGAGGGCAGGAAGAAAGCAUCAGGUCCCGUUUUGGUGCUAAUAAAUUCUUUGGUAUCGGAUCAGUGCACAGUACUCAGUAAGGUGUCGGAAAACGCUGGUAUUGGUAUCGGAACAACUCUACCUAUCAGACUGCUGACCUUCAUUCACAAUGAACCGAUCCACAGCCACACAAAAGCUUCUGCAAGGAUUAGUUGUUGGCACCAGAAUAGUUAUAAUUAGCAAAUCACACAUCAACCAUCUUUGGUUUUAUGUAGAAGUCAAACUAGUUACAGGACCACAGGAUAGGACAGUUUUAGGAGUUUGUUUUUAAGAGUUCAUACAACAAAACAAGUUGUAAAAUGUCUUUUUUUGCUACAAUGUUCAGAAAGACGUAAGCAAAAUGUCAGGCAGAGAUUUUAACUAACAGGCUGAAUUGAAGGAAAAAUCCACCCUGGGAUACAUUUACACUUAUUUAUUUUCACCAGUCGUUAAAGUUCACUGCAUUUCAGGACUUUUUAUAAAUGCUGUAAUUGUCUUGAGGCUACUUUUGGUAAAACUGGAUUCUGCGUGUGAAUGUUGAGUAUCAGUGUAGAACGGAGGCUUUUCAAAAUCCCUCAGUUUGCUGUUUAAUAGGUCUGUGUAUUGGCGAUACGAUAUGUAUCACCAUACAGGGGUUACAAUUCAAUAUAAUGUGAUAUAUUGCAAUGCCAAUUUAAAAAAAAACUGUCAUAUUAUAAACAACACCAUAUGCAUAAAAUCUGAGUUAAAAAAGUUAACUGUUUUUAUGCAACCAGAACAUUUGUAUUUAUCACAGUCGCUGUAACAUCCAACAUCAUAGCCCUCAGUGUAUGUGUACAACACUGCUAUCUAGCGGUAGGGGGUUCAAACACAAAAAUCAAUACAGUGUUUUUGAGAAUCGAUACAAUAUCAGAAAAAAACAUUGCAAUACGAUAUUUUUGGAUAUUUUCUUACACCAUUGAUGUUUAAAGCUGCAUUCAUUGUGUUUUUGUCCACUUGGGGGCAACAGAAAAGCUCAAAACAUAACAGUGACAUAUUGUCACCCUAUAAAGUUGUUUUGGUGAACAUUUUAGAUGUACUGGAGAUGAAAGUUAGCCAGAAAACCAGGACAGUGAGCUAAAAGAAUGCUCCAACAUGCUGUGUAAUCAUUUAAUACAAUAAUUUCUCUGCCAACAGACUCUGCUGUGCACUGUAUCUUAUCAUUAUACAUAUCAAGACGCUGCAGUGGUCCAGAAAUGCAGGAUACAUCACCACUAGGUGUUGGAAGGAAUUUUGGGUGGAUUUUUCCUUCAAAAGUAAAGACACAAAUAACACAAGAAACCCUAAAAAUGUCUCUGUCUACCAACUCAGCCUUGCUUUGGUGUAAUAUGUUAAUAGUGUUUCUAGCAGAGGUCCCAGCUGACGGGACUCAGUAGUGGUUAAUGGGAAAGAAUGUGUUAUCUGGAAUCCAGUCUCACUCAUUUUACUGUUAGCCAACAGCAGUGAGGUCGGGGGCCAUGUUAAACCUUGUUCCAAUGGAAGAUCUUUAGUAUCCAUGUGUGCAUUUGACCUCAACUAGUAUGUAAAUGAACUGCAUUUGAACUGAAUUCAAAGCCGAGUGUGAACCGAGCAGAAAGCAGCACCAACUAAUACUGUUUGCAGAUGACUGCGUCUUGUUUCUUUCACUAUGUUUGAAUUUUGGAGUGCUUGUUUUUUUUUGGGGUCAAUGAAGUUAUUUAUUCGUAUUGUUUUUUUCUUUUCUGUGUAAAUAUAUUUAUUUUUGAUGUGAAGUGAACAUUUGGAUUGUAAAUGUGUGUACAGAAUGUGUGGUAGGAAUGUACUUCAGAUAGGAAUGUAUCUGAGUGUGGAAUUAUGGGUGGAAGCCAUUUUUUUUUUUAUACAUAGGUAGUUAUAUUAUCUUGUUUAUCUGUUUGUUUGUUGCUUUGUUACUGAUUUAUCUUUUUGUGGGGUGGCGGCCACAACCUUUUACAUCUUUUUGUACUCGUUUCAUUCAUUCAUCUUUUUCCAGUUGAAGGCGAACAGUUCAUGCAGCAAUACUCAAAAACCCGUCUCCAACCUUCAGAUGUCAAUACUCCAAAGCCUGUCAUAGACGCUUCAAUGCCAAAAGUAAUGUACAUAGUAUGAACAACAUUCAAGCUCCUGAGACUUUUUUGAUCAGUGUUUGUUACCGAAUCUGUUUUAGCGCUGUCUGAGCGUGUGGCGGCUCGAAAUCGCCGAGAAAGACCGGCCGCAGUCAAGGCUGAUUUCCUCUAAGAAGGCUGUAUUUUACACAGACCUCAGAGCUGUGCCUUUUUCUAUGCAAUAGAACACAAACACAGAGAGAGAAACUGUCAGCUGAUCACUGUAUGGGAUCCAAAUGUGGACUGUAGAUAAAAUAUAUAUAAAUAUAUACAUAUAGUAUAUGAGAUAAUGGACAGCUGUCUAUGAAUUUGAAACAGUCUUACUUUUGUAGUUUUAUAUAUAUAUAUAAAUGUAUAUAUAUAUACAAUAAACUGUAAAAAGAG